GACCACCCGCGCCUCGUCCAGCACAUUAGCACUGGAAUGGCCAUAGCUGGAAUAAUAUUAUUUGUGAGAAGUGUUCGACUGACAUCAAAAUUUACACGCUCUUCAGAUAUCCCAGUAGAAUUUAUAAGAAAGAAUGUUAAACUCCGUGGACGAUUACACCGGAUAACUGAGGAGGGUUUGGAAAUUGAACAUAUUCCUAUUACUUUGCCUCUUAUAUCUUCAUGGAAAAAGGAGCCCCAGGGCGUCUUGCUGGUGAGACUGGCCGGCGUGGCCCUCACUGGGCCCGGGAGGCAGUGGCUGCAGGAGGAGCUGCGGCCUUCCCAGCUGCUCUGGUUCCAGCUGCUGGGGAGGGAGAACGCCACACUCUUCUGCUACCUCCUGGUGAAUAAGGGUGGCUAUUUUAGUGUGAAUCUGAACGAAGAAAUUUUGAGAAGAGGCCUGGGCAAAACUGUUCCUGUUAAAGGGCUAAAUUAUAACACCAAAACCUAUUGGAAAAUUCACAGAAACUUACUUAAAGCUGAAUUAACAGCCUUAAAAAAAGGAGAAGGAAUAUGGAAGGAAGAAUCCGAAAAAGAAAGUUACUUGGAAAAAUUCAAAGACUCUUGGAGAGAAAUAUGGAAAAAAGACAGUUAUUUGGAAACAACUGGAGCAGAUUUCAACUUGAAAAGAGAAAGUUAUCAAGACAGAUUUAGAAGGACCUGUGAAACGUGGAAGGACCGCGUGAACAACCACUCCGUAGUGCUCAAACUCAGAGAACUUCUCAGUUGCAUUGCUUUCGGAGAAAAGGGUGAAACAAAUUCCCACGAGGUCCAGAGGUGA